AUGGGCACGGCGCUAGUGUUUCUGGUAUCAACGCAGUCCAGCUGUUUAGACAGCCCGGCUGAGCCUGCUCCCUUGCCUCCUUUGCCGUGUGUUGCAGCCAAGUUGGACGCGGUGAAGACGUACAUGCGGAUGCGUCACGUGCCGGAGCACCUGCAGAACAAGGUGAUCCGGUGGUUCGACUACCUCUGGUUGACGCAGAAGUGCUCGGACGAGGAGCGCUCGGUGGGAUGCCUGCCCGACAAGCUCAAGGCUGAGAUCGCCAUCCACGUUCACCUCGACACGCUCAAGCGCGUCGAAAUCUUCCAGAACACCGAGGCAGGCUUCCUAUGCGAGUUGGUGCUCCGCCUGAGACCCGUCCUCUUCAGCCCUGGCGACUACAUCUGCAGGAAAGGUGAAGUGGGCAAGGAGAUGUACAUCGUGAACCGCGGCCGGCUCCAAGUGGUCACGGACAACGGCAAGACGGUGCUGGCGACGCUGCGCGCGGGCUCUUACUUCGGCGAGAUCUCCAUCCUCAACAUGGGAACGGCCGGCAACCGCCGCACGGCUUCGGUGCGCUCCGUCGGCUACUCGGACCUCUUCUGCCUCUACAAGCAGGACAUGUGGGACGUGCUCAAGGACUACCCCGCCGCCCGGGUGCGUCUCGAGGCGAUCGCCGUCAAGCGGCUGGAGAAGUACAAGCGAGAGCCGAUGCGCAAAAUGUCCCUGGGCCGGAGCCGGAGCACCCCGGGCCUGGUCGAGUCUCGAGGCAAGCUGCCCUUGGAAGAGGUGACACCGGGCGCCCCCUCCAAGGAGGCCUCCUCCUCAGUCGCCGCCCUCCUCCAGCCCUCCUCGGCCCCUCAGGCGGCCGAAAGCCCCCUCAGCAGCAGCCGCUAUAACGGCGCCGUACCCCACGACCAACAGCAGCAACCCCACAAGCAGCACCCACCGCCGCCGUCCGCCGCACCCUCGGCCGAGCCGAGGCGGCUGGCCACCACGAUGGUGACCACCACACCGGCGUCGCCGUACCGUCACCCGCCGCCAUCUCCGGGCGUAGCCUAUACGGCGGCCGACCUGUCCAGCAACGCGAGCCCGGUCGGCACUUCGCCCGCGUCCACGGCGCAGCUGAUGGUGCCCAGCCCUUUGCUGUGCGGCGGCGUGAUGGGCAGUGGCGGCGGCAUGAGCCCCCUUUCGGUCCGGGACGCGUCCCAAGAGGCCCUGCUUGCCGAGAUCAAGAGACUGCGUGAGCGGCUGGUCACGCUCGAGGCUGAGAACGCCACCAUGAGCGUCAAGCUGAGCCAGCAGCAGUGGGAGGUGGAGAGCCGGCUCGCCGAGAUCGAGCUGCAGAUAUGCGGCGCCGCGAGUCCCGAGAGCAGUGGAUGCUCCUCGGACGAGCAGGAGCGAAACCGGGAGUCCAUCAUCUGACAUCUCCCGCUGCUCGCCUCCCUUUGCUUCUUCUUCGAGGACCGAUGGCUCCUCGACGGCUUCUUUGCUGCUGCGGCCACGAAGCACGCCGCCCCUUGGACGUCCACGUGGGGGAACUCUUUGGCAGUGGCAGGACAGGCCAUUCGCCUGGACGGCGGUGUGCACCUGUACUUGUUACCGGCGUUUGGUGCACGCUUCUACAGAGGCUGUGCUGCAGUGUGAAAGAGACUGCGUCACUUAGCACAAAUAAAGGCCCUCGCCACCUUCAGUCGACACCAGCCUGUUCUUGCCGAAGGUGUAAAUAAAUUGUCGCCGCUCCCAGCGAAGUCACUACGCGCCUGCAUGCGACUGGCCGGCGAGGUUGCAUUUCACCGAAAGGCAUUGUGAGCGUGAACGCAAGACUACGAGAACACAAAUAAGUGCGCACAUGCAUUCGGAGCAACGGAAUCAAGUGACUGUGGCAUGAGAGCGGACUUUCACUCUAACACAGACAAAAAAUGAAAGGCACUACUGUUUCUGAUUUCUUUGGUGACACUGUUCUUUUUUUUUUAGUUUGGUCAAUUGAAUACGAAGAAGGUUAAGUUCAUCGUCGCUUAUCCCCAUUUCGCUUUAUUUUUUUUUUCAUCUUUGUUUCCAUCCUGCUCCAAGCGCCGCACUAGCACUUUCGACCAACAGAAGACUGCGACAACAGACUCUACCUUUCAGGGGCAUCUUCGUAUGCCUUGUGCUACUUUGGAAGUGCGUGUGUUGUUGUGUGUUUGAAGCACAUGCCAACUGGGAUGUCGAAUUUCUUCUAUGGCGUAAGUUUUCUGUCCCGUUUUGUUUUUUUAAAUCCACAUCAAGUGAAUUUGUGCGGUUGAGUGCUGCGAAUAGUAAUAACGACCACCAUAUGUACCCUCAACUCUCGCUCGUGCGCGCCUGUGGCGAGGGCGUCGAAAAAUGAUUAGAAUUGUUUUAAAGGUUUUGGUGAAGCAUGUUGUACAGGCUUGCACAUAAAAACAGUGAAUGUGAUCGUGUUGGCAGAAAAAAAACGUAGUUUAGUCUUAGUUGAGUAUCUCUUCUGUGAUUGUUGUUGCCAAAAACGUACAACAGUGAACAUAGGUAUCGUUCUAACGAAAGCUUAAUAGACUGGUUGUGACCGUGUCACGAUGCUGUGAGGACGCUUAAAAAAAAAGACAGGUGUCGUUCACAAGCUGAAGACUGAGUCGCCUGUAACAUUUAAGCAAAUCUUCAACAGUUCGAACCUCUAAUCUCUCCAAGCGAUGAGAUGCCUAUGUAGGAGGUUAAGAAAUUAUUUCCGAGCUUUCAGAAAAAAAAUCUGGGAUUAGGUCUCGAUAGAAUCAUUAGCUAGUCGUCGAUCUUUUACCGUAAGCCUUAGGCCAGAGUUUGAUGACACAGGGUUCUUAGGUCUUAGCAUCGUCUGGUAUGAUAGGCUCAGGAAGGUUGAUGUAACUUGUUCUUAGACGCGUUCUCUGAAAACGUGGAGAGAUUUCUUGUAAGCUGAGGGACAUGAAGUUUUGUGCGUAGGUUUUAUAGAUUUACUCAAAUUACACGAUGAAGUGACAUCACUUGGCUGCGUAGCGAGACAGGCAUGUGCGCAUUGAGUCUCUGCCGUUAUUUUAGAAAUAUGUUUCAUUUUUUUUUGUGAAUUAGAAACGAAAGAACGUGAUGUAAAGUAGUGAAUGACAUGGAUAUAUAUAAUCGAAGACACCACGUAGCCCAAAGAAAAAUGGCGAUAUUUUCUGUUAUUCGCGCAGAGCUUGAUUUUGAACCUGUCGAACAAAAUAUGCUAUUUGUCCAGGUAAAAAAAAAAGUAACGAAGCGGAAUCAAGAAGCAUUGUACACUUAAAAUUUGUUCCACAGUCGAAAAUCUAGUACAAAUACAAGCAAAAAACGCAAUUUGUUACAGGAUCUCGCGCUCGUAUGUGGGAAAAAAUUCUCACCUCGCGUGGCGCAUUGCAUGAACUUGGGGAAUUUCAUUGGACGACUUGGACAACAGUUUUCAGUUACAGCAAGCAAGGAGGCGUGUAACGUUUAUUUCGCGCACUUGUCGUUCAGGGGCCAGUAGAGCGAGGAAUCGACCUCAGCUUAAGGGAAGAGAGAAGGGAGCCACAUAUAUUUCUCGGUGCAUUAUCUUUGUACGAAGUUAAAAAAAAAAACAAUUAUGUAUCCAGACGGGCGCCCACACUUUUUAAUAGAUCACGGUUGUUUGGAAGCACAUAUUUUGUCGCGGAUGCGCCAUCAGUGCAUCCGCGGUGCUCACUCAGGACGGGAACUCCUCGUGCUCGUCAAGUGUCAAACUUUAGCCCUUCGCGUGACACAGUCGUCAGUAACAUUAUCUUGACAGCCUUCUUAUAUUGUCUCUCUCACUGGCACAAAUGUUUGCUUGGAUCAUCCUCAAUACUGUCAUGGACCAAUCAUCAUCCUGGAUUCCUUUGUUCUACAAGCUCAUGUGAAACACCAUACUUUUGUGGGACCCGGUUGCAUGCAAUUGAAAGGUGGCUGGAUGUAUAUUAACACUUUCAUGGAAGGACAGCUAGGAAGCAAGCUUUAUCCUGUCCACCCUGUUCACACACACAAAUACAUAAACACAGAUACACAAAACAUAAACAUCUGUGCGUGUUCGAGAAAAGCUUGUCAUGUAGCCAGGAAAUUUUACUCGUGCUCAUCACAACGUUACAGGUUCGCAAUUUAGUUAUUUCUUUCUUACUUCAUCCCACACCUUGAUCUUCUACCAAAAUUUCUGCAUUCAUGUAUACUGUUGAUAGUUUAGCUAAGGUAAUUCAAAUGAAAAAUGUCGCGGUUAAAAAUAAUUUUCCUUUUGUUAAACUUGUAACAAUGUCUGCAGUCAAGGAAUGGUUAAUGAUGAUUAGCGAAUCAGAUAAAAAAACAGCGAUUCUGUUUUUUCUGUGGCCACAGUUAUUAACAUUUAUAAUGUUCAAAUAUUUCUUGAUAACCGCAUUGAUGUUGUUUUGAGAGCAUUUUUUUUGCUUCCCACAAUGUCAGUGGUUCGAAGUACGCAAAAUACAUUUCAGCGAUAACAUUUUAAUGCCAGGAAAAUACAUAUACGUCCCAAAGCUCUAGGCGCGCUUGUUCGAGGAAGAUAUUUCUUAUACAUCACCAGUAAUAUUUCGUAAUAAACAGCCAACAAAUGCUCAUGUACUUGUUAAAUACUUCGCACUAUAGCUCAAGCAGUAACCAGUUUAGCAUUUCUGAGAAAACGAUGUUUUCAAUCCCUAGAAAAAAAUAAUAUAUCAAAUUUUCGAGCCAAAUCCUGCUGUUGAAAAGGAAUAACGCGCAUAAUAAAUAACUGAAGUGGCAGUAAUGUUCAACAGUCUGCAAACGUUUCUCUUUUCUGAUGUGUACUGACAAAGGAUAAGAGCUGGGAUACCUCAUGGAAUGGUAUCCCGUAUAAUUUGCCGCACAAGUGGUGGCUGGAUUGCUAUAUAGUUAGUAGAAAAGUUAGGAACGAUUACAAUUUAUAGGCAGUGUCUAUCAAGAACGAUCGUGCCACUAUCUCUUCAUGGCUGCAACGCUAUUGACUUGCCACUUCCAAAGGUUCACACUCUUCAAUCCCCACGAAACGAAAGAAUUUCGCUUUCAAAUCGGGCGAGUCAGCAAAUACAAUGAAAAUAUUUCGAACAGACAAAGAUUAGUGUUAACUGCCGAGAUCAAUUGAAGAGUGAGCUCUCGAGGAAGUAAAUCCCCACCAGACAUCUUUUUGCAGCCUUUUCAUUUCGAGCACGCACCAUUCACUGGAAUCCUCCAGAAAAAAAAAAAACUUCACCCUUCUUGCCUUACGCGUACGUUUUUUGCACAUGCCAGGCAGACAGGGCGAAACCGCUCAGACUCUUACCACAUCCCAUUGUUCAAGUCUUAUCCUAGGACACAGAGAGAAAAUUUGACCGCCCUUUCUAUCUCUCUUCUUUCUCUUAGCACUUUCUCGCACACUCUCUCUCUCGUUGCAUGUGUGUGUGUGUGUGUUUGCGACGAAGCCAAAGCAUGGUUAACAUGGAACGACGACAGCUUUUCACGGUUCACGUCGCGCGUUCCGCGCUUUGCAGAGGCCGGAGCGCGACCUACUGGGCGUGCGAAUGUCCGAUGCAUUUCCAAUUGAAUUAAACUGGUCCCGGCUUCGGGGAAAGGCCCUCAGUGGCCGAGCCGCUGCCUUCGUUGUCGCCCGAAAUUGGCGAAGCAAGAGGGCCGCCGUAAUGACGACGUCGGCCGACAGCUCGUUUCCAUGAGUUCCCGCCGCGCUGCUUUGGUUACGUCGGUAUAGGAGAGGGCGCCCUUUUCGAAGCGCGAGAACAUUUGCAAUUCAUUGCAUUCCUCGAGAGCUGCAAUACACGCGUUAAGUGGUGGUUCCCAGCCUCCCGACACGAAAAUGUUGGCGCUGGCCCAUCCGAAGCCCGCGCCCCGAUGCUCGCCAUCGUCCUGCACUCCCGCUCCCUCCUCGUAAUCCCGUUCAUCUUCCUUUCUUUCGAAAACCUUUUCUUUUCGAUCCCGAUGUAUUUCUGCCUUUCUUUCUCUCAUCUCGCUCUCUCUAUUCUAUUGGCCGUACACUGGCAAAGACACUGCUUGAAGAAGUUCAGAUUUCGUCACUGUUAGCCCACCUGCAAGACCGAAGUUUCGUGUUGAGCUGUUCCUAAUAAAAAGAGAAAA